AAAAGUUCUUGCAAAUUCCAAUUGUUAAUUUAAUUCUAUCCUUGCGGUAUGUAAUAAUAUUGUUAUAUAAAUCAAUGAAUUGAAUGGAAACUUCUAUGUCUAAAAUGGAUACAAACUACAAUAACCCAAUUCGACAAAGAAUUAAUAAAAUUUUCGAUAACCACAUCAUAACUGAUAACAGUGAAGCUUUGUACACAGUUUCUGGUUUGUGUUCUUCAAAUUCUGCUUAUACUAGAAGAAUACUGGUUAAUGAAAUAGAGAAAAGAGACUUAUUAGUUAACAAAACUAUCUUGAGUGAGUUCAGUAAGGUAAAAGAUAAGUUGCAAUUAUUGAUCGACUCUUUAGGCUCAUUAAACAAUGCAGUUCAAGAUAUGUCAAACAGAUUACAUGAAUCCAAAACGAAAACCCAUCAUAUAAUUGCACAGACAACUAAAUUGAAGGAUGAAAGAAGAAAGACUAAGAAAAAGCUCCUGUGGGUGAAUGCAUUUGUUAAGAACUUUCACCUGUCUCCAGAGCAAUGCAAGAACCUUUUCAAUGUUUCCCCACUCACUAUUGAUUUCUUUAACUCCUUGGCAAGUAUAGAAAAAUUAAAUGAAAACUGCAGGACUCUUGUAAAGUGCUGGUAUCAAACUCCAGCAUUUGAUAUCAUGGAAACAAUAGGUCUCCAGCAAGAAGCAGCUAUUGAAAAGCUAUACCAUUGGACCAUAGGAGCAUGUCUGAUUGUAGAUUCUCCCAAUAAUGUGCUAGUGCCUAAAGCUUUGGCAAAACUUGAGAACAGACAAGUGUUAUUUUGUAAUAUAAUUGAUGAAUAUUGUAAUGCAAGAAAAGCUACUGUUGUACAGUUGUUCAUUGAUGUCUUAACUAAAGGUGGCGACAAUGGGUCUAAACCUAUAGAAUUCUAUGCCAAUGAUGCAAAGCGUUACAUUGGAGACAUACUAGCUUGGGUUUAUCAAAUUAUACCUAUAGAAAAGGAAAAUCUGACUAUCCUCCUAAAGCACUGUGUAAUGGUUGAUAAGGAACAGAAAAUUAUUGAUGCCUUAACAAAUAUAAUGGAAGCAUUAUGUCCAUUGCUAAAAGUGAGGGCAGAAUUAAUACUCAAACCAGACAAAGAUCCUCUGGUUUUAUGGUCUAUAACAAAUUUGAUUAUUUAUUACAAGGAAAUUAUACAAACUGUUAUAUCCAAAGGCCACAUGAUAGAUACUUUUGAUGAACUCUUAAAGAAAAGUGAAGAUGUAUUUCUGAUUACAUUAGACAGUAAAAUUCAAAAAGAGUUAAGUCAUGGUGUAAAAGCACCACCAUCAGAUUUAAAUCCAUCAUUUGUUGUGACUGACUUAGUAAGUUUCUUGAGGGAUUUAAUGAACAUAUCAAACAAUACCAAAAACACUGAUAAUAAGAGAAUUAUAAUCACACAUAUUUUAGAUCCCUUAUUGCAUGCAAUCAAUGAGACUGCAUGCCAUCUAAGCUCAAGUGAUAUGUCAGUAUACAUGCUAAACUGUAUUUAUCAUAUUCAAUGUACACUGUCAUUGUACACUAUACUGGAUGAAUAUAGUGAAAGACUGCAGGCUCAAUCAGAGGCUCAGAUAGAUACAUUAACAUCUGAACAAGCCAGCUAUCUUGUAGCUAAUUUAAACAUGGGGCCUAUCUAUACAAUUUUACAAGAAAAAGUCGAUGGACCUCUCUCUGCAAUACCUGGCAUGGACACUACAUCAUUAAGAUCUUUUCUUAAUAAGUUUGAUAUUUUCUUAGUAACACCGGAUGCUUAUAUAUUGCCUCAACUAAACUUGCUUAUAAGUCACAACCACAAGUCAAUUGUGAAAAAACGGGCAUUUGAUGUAAUAAUGGCCAUUUACGAGCAACUAUAUCAGGCUAUACAGGAUCCCAGCAAUGCUUAUGCAGAACCUCAAACAAUAGUAAAACGCACACCAGAUGAAGUAAAAAAACUGCUAACUUAAUCAUUCAAUCAUUCAACCAAUAGAAAAGCAAUCAUAAGCUUAUGGCUUUUUGUAUAUUUUAUUAAAAAAAAAAAACAAAAAUUAUGUACUUGUAAUCCCUUUUAAUCUUUGAUUGUACUGUGUCUAUAAUUCGUUUUAUUAAAUAAUUUUCUUUAUUCACAAAAAGAACAUAUAUGAGUGUUGUAAAAUAUGUGUAAAUAAAAAUAAAUAGGAUUUCUGUUUUCACAA